AUGCUAUUGUCACUGGUUCGCCAUUAUGCCUCACACAAGGGUAGCUAUAAGUCUCCAGACUCGUCCAUAGAGACCGAUGAGAUCAUCUCAGAAAACAACCCAUGGUCUCCCACAUUGCUUACUGAUAGAGUCAAGGUCCGCAAGCCUGGAUAUGUGAGGCUGGUAGAAUUGCCAGAGAAUUUGCGGUUAUCGUACCAACCAUUAUAUGAAGCUCCUGGCUCCAAAUACGUAGCGUUGUUAAAGAGACUCACCAUAAGCGUGGGAGUUUUGGGAUGUUACGGAGCCAAGUUGUUCUACGAUUCGCCCCACUUUGAUGACUACUAUGCGGUAUCGACUCUUGCCGCUUGUUCUGUACCGGCAAUGGUGGUGCAAUAUAAGACUCGUGAAUAUGUCACAAGAAUCUUUAGAUUGUAUGACAAAAACAAGCCUCAGACGCUAGAAAACUUGGUGAACGACGAGCAAUUGAUCGUGGAGAAGUUGAACUUCACUGGGGGUAAGACAUUCAACCAGUUGGUUCGUGUUUCAGGGAACGAUUCGCUAAAAUUGGUACUGACUCCUAAGGUACCGCUUUUAGCAUCGUAUGCUGUGUGGCAAGACAAAGAGCCCGAGUCGGGUACUGUGAGAAAACACUAUAUUGUGGAUGAUAUCGGUGGGAUGAAGAUGGACCGACUUUGGGGAAUCGUGGAGAAGAACUCAGGAGAAGAUAAUGGAAGGUACAUCGACUAUAAUAAGAGCCAGUGA